GUGAUCUCGAUCACAUGAUGAGCAUUGUUUUCCUACCUCCAUGGUUUACAUCAUAGUUCAUACAUGUACAUGGUUAAUAAUGGCAAGAUAUCUCAUUUUUUCGGUGGUUUUAAUUUUCUUUUCCGGUGUACGGCCAAUAUCUGGAAAGCCAAACAUCAUCAUAAUGAUGAUGGACGACAUGGGCUGGGGUGAUUUAGGCAUCUUUGGUCAUCCUGCUAAGGAAACGCCCAACCUCGACCAGAUGGCUGCAGAAGGGGUGCUGAUGACUGACUUCUACUCUGCCAAUCCACUGUGCUCACCUGCACGAGCGGCUCUCUUGACUGGCAGACUGCCAAUCCGCAAUGGCUUCUACACGACCAACCAGCAUGCCCGCAACGCUUAUGCUCCCCAGUUUGUUGUCGGCGGUAUCCAAGACUAUGAAAUCCUUCUUCCGGAACUUCUGAAAAAAGCUGGCUACAAGAGCAAGAUUAUUGGAAAAUGGCAUUUAGGCCAUCAGCCUCAAUAUCUCCCACUCCAGCAUGGCUUUGACGAGUUCUUCGGCUCACCCCAUUGCCACUUUGGCCCAUACAACGACAAGGGGACUCCCAACAUUCCUGUGUACAGGGAUGGUGAGAUGGCCGGUCGUUACUACGAAGACUUUGUUAUCACAAAAACGGGAGAGUCUAACUUGACACAGCUUUACAUUCAGGAAGCCUUAGAUUUCAUAACGGUGGAAACCCAGCUGGCCAGCCCCUUUUUCUUGUACUGGGUCCCAGAUUCGGCCCACCAGCCCCACUAUGCCUCUAAGCAUUACCUGGGCACUAGCCAGCGGGGUCUGUACGGAGAUGUGGUCCGGGAAUUGGACGACGGAGUUGGCCAGAUCCUCUCACAUUUGCAGCAUCUCGGGAUCGAAAGAAACUCCUUUGUGUUUUUCACUUCGGAUAACGGUGCACCUCUCAAUGCGAAAGCUGACGGUGGAAGCAAUGGACCUUUCCUGUGUGGCAAAGAGACAACUUUUGAAGGGGGUAUGCGAGAACCAGCUAUUGCCUGGUGGCCGGGUACCAUCAAACCAGGCCAGGUGUCCCAUCAGCUGGGCAGUAUUAUGGAUCUGUUCACCACAGCCCUCAAAAUUGCAGGACUUUCACCGCCAUCGGAUCGCAUCGUUGAUGGCACUGACCUGCUCCCUAAUCUCGUCAAUGGCACCAUUGAUAGCGCCAAGCCGAUUUUCUAUUACCGUGGCAACGAAAUGAUGGCAAUUCGCAUAGGCUUGUACAAGGCCCACUACUGGACCUGGACCAACUCCCUUCAAGAAUUUGAAAAAGGUGUUAAUUUUUGUCGAGGGGAGAAUGUCACUGGAGUUAUGACCCACCAACAGACAAACCAUACGGAUGCCCCACUGCUGUUCCAUCUUGGGCGUGAUCCCGGGGAAAAGUACCCCAUCGAGCAAACUACUCAGGAAUACAAGGAGGUGAUGCCCAUGAUCAUGAGGGUCGUCGGCAACCACAAGGAGAAGCUCGUUCCCGGUCAGCCACAGCUCAACAUGUGUGACUGGGCAGUGCAGAACUGGGCCCCACCUGGCUGUGAGAAGCUAGGAGAGUGUCUUCCAAUCCCCAAGUCUCACCCCUACAAGUGCAGCUGGCCCCACUAAUAUCAUCAUCUGGGUGAGCUUCCCAGUAAAUCACAAAAUUGCUUUCAAUAACAUUUCAAGUUCAAAAUCAGUGACCCUGUCUUUCUGAGAAGUAAGUAACGUGCACAAUCACAAGGUUUCUGUGCAUGAGUCUAGCUCACUUGCCUCAAGCAGUGAAACAUACAGAUUGCUCUCACUGCUAUUAUAACACCUCACGCACAGAUUUUGUAUCUUCAUUGGCCAAGAGCCAGUCACGUACAUGUAGCAUGAGACGAUUUUUGCUGUCUUUCUUGUCACAGCCAAAGGAACUGUACCCGUAGCAACCAGAGUACUAUACCCAUAGCAACCAAAGAAUGAUACACAUGACCACCAGCACUGUGUACAAAUGCAUAAUGAUGUGUAAGUGCUGCGCAUUGCACGCAUUCUGAAGUGGUAGCACUACACUGCUGGGUUCAAACAUUGCCUUAUCGGCAGUGUGGAAAAGUGCUGCUAAAUUUUCAAAACAAUUCUUAUUCAAAUAGAGAUGCCUUUCGUAGGUACUGAAAUCAAAUCAAUUAGUUAUCACUUAAUAAAUAAAGCAAAAUCUCUGUGAGAGGCGUUAUAAAACAACUGAUGACUUUUUAAUCUUGUGAUGUAGUAAAACUUUCUAACCUCUCAAGGUGAUUCAUUGAGCAUUCUAGUUUCCCUCUGCUUUGUCUUGGGAUUUUUAUCAAAUAGUCCAUGGCUCACCUCAAGAGGCUGGUUUAAUUACACCAGUCCAAGGAGUCAAUAUUGAUAUGCUAUUCGUAUGGGCAGCCAAAGUGUGCAUUUGUCCCCUUACUCUCACAGAAGGUUUUCUUUUCCUUUAGUAUUUAGUAGGAGUGUUUAUUAUUUGCCGUUUUGAGUUUUAUUGAAUUACUCUUUGGCUUUUGUGCUGACGUCCAGCCAUAGUUUUACCAGCCACUGGUCAGCAAAACUUUAGACUGUGAUGUUAAAAAGGGCAGAUUCUGUAGAGUACCGAAGUGAACACGUGACACUCGCAAUUAUGUGUGUAAAAGGCAUUAGCGCGAGAACCAGCGUGUGGAC